AUGGACGGCAGCGGCAAGGUCGCGCGGCCACCGCCGCCCCAGGGGCUCACGCCGAGGCGCGGUCACGGGCACACCAGGAUCCCCGCAUUGGCAGGACAGGCAUCCGAAUGCUCUGUUCAAUCCCCGCCCAACCCAUCCGCCGCCGCUGAUACCGCAGAUCUGGCCGUGGGCUUGGUGGACGUGUUCUCUCGCGGGUCCAAGAACCACCACAGAGGCCAGUGCAUGCCCUGUCGCACCAAUGGAAGUGGCACUCCGUGCCCGCGCGGAGCCAGCUGUGACUGCUGCCACUAUUUCCACGGGCCGGAGAAAUUCAAGGAGAUGAAGCACUUCGCCGCCAUGGCAAAGCAGCGCAAGCGCGGGGUUGACGAUCAAGCCAGUGGGCUACAAUCAGCGCUCGCUGUCAAGAAUGAGACGCCCGCGCUCGCGUCGGCGUCGGCAUGGCCGGCGCCGACAGCAAUGCCUCUCACAAGCUUGCCGUUUUGCCACAGUUCCAGCGGCGAGCUGGCGCAGCAGGUGAUCAAGUCGCCGAGGGUGGACUCCGCGGCCGCCUCGACGCCGCCGCACACACCGUACGCUGCCUGCGGGCCAGUCAUGAUCGUGCCGAACACGGGGUGCGUGCCCACCCACAUCAGCUCCGAGGAAAUGGCGGCAAUGCUUGAGAAGGCGGCCCCAAAGUACUACGUCGACUGA